AUGUGGGCCAGCGGAGCAGCUGUGGUUCGUGGUGUGCAUAGCGUCCCUAUUGAUUUGUCUAAGGCUGGAUGUGUUGCAGCAACUGAGUCUCUCUUGCGUCGGCAUAUUUCAGCUGCCUACUGGGAGGGCGAUACGUUAACAUUUCGUAUCGAUACUGCCACGGUACAAGCCAUUGCAAGUAAAGCGGUCGGCGAGCAGUGCAUACGUGGAACUUUCUGCCACGAGUGGCUAGAACAGUGGCAAACGCUUCAUGAUCUCCUGACUUGGAUAUGGCACGGAGAUGGAACCAUCAAGUUCGAGCUUCAGCGUUCACGGUCACCGGCAAUUCGGCGUGCGGUCUCGGUCCUGUGCAAGGCGAUUGUGUGCAAUUAUCCCACGCUUUUCCUUCAACCGCGCUCACCAUCGCUCUUGAGACCGAUUGAUGCUAGCACGUCGUCGAAUCUUUCGUGGCGCCUUUCUGAAAAUGCAAAGAGCAUUGUCUUCUCGAAUAACACGAUCGUGUAUACAUCAGUCCCAGUCCAGUCGCGGUAUGACUGUGAACUCCGAGCCCGUGCAGACAUCAAUAAGCGGGACUUCCGCUUUCAUGAUCAUCCUAUAUUGUCGCGACUUGAGGCUGUGUCCGGGCAGCGUUUGGCACAGGGGACUGUGGAGAGAGAUCGGGCAAUCGCUGUUCAAGCUACAAAUAAUAAGGACCUGCAUGAUGCACUAUCCCAGCUGGAUUGGCGUGACAUUCGGGCAGUGAAGGGAGCUGGGGCUUCUACGGUCCAGACACUUUUUCGAUUGAAGGCCAACAAGCUGAAAUUAUGGAACUAUGUGCACAGUGACGGUUCUUGUCCACAUGGCGAGUGUCCCCGAGACGUACCUAUUAGCCUUCAACACGUCUUCUGGGAGUGCCCUAUUGCGAAGGCAGCAUGGAAAGACUUUGACAUUCGAUGGAGGCGUCUCGGCCACAACGUGCCUGCUAACCUUAUUGAAUCGUGCUUCAGUUUGGGCCUAGACGAUACGCCGACACGUGCGUGGCGAACGGUAUGUGAUCAUGUUCGUGCUGCAGGUACCAAGCAUUGUGAUGUUUUGUACGAGGUUUCCAGGGAUUUGUGGAGGCUGACGGUGGCGGCGACAAUUCAAGCCAUCUGGUGUGCGCGACUUCGUCUCCGCCACGAGCCAGAUGCGCUUCAAUCGACAUUGCGGGCGGCAAUCUGCGUUACAGUAGACAAUGCCUUGCGCGAUUUGGUUUCAUUGAGUUAUAAAUUCGACACGGAUAUUUCAAAACUUCCGAAGAAUGCCGCUACCAGGGCGCUGGCUGAUCGUCUCAAGGGGACGAUUAACGGGACGAUUCUCUCGCCACCGAUUUGA